AUGGACGGAAGAAUGGCAGAAGGGGAAGAAGGGGAAGAAUUCGACGAAUUCGAGGACGAAGACAGCGAAAAUGAGGACUAUGGCAGCGACGAGUACGAGGAGAGCGAAGAACAUCAGUACAACGUUUUUACCUACCCCAUGUCGGAAGAGGCACAGCAGAAUCCGCCAGCAGGCAUCGAUGAGCAACAGUCGCCCGAGGUCCUCUCCUUGAGCCAGAUGCGAAAGAGCACCUCGGCAGCCGGCAGAAGGAGCCUACGCUCAAGCAGGGCAUCUUCGAGGAGCAGAAUAGCGCGAUUCGGACGAUGGACAGCCAACGCAUGGAACGACACCAAGUCGCUGUUCUUGGGUCCGCUCUUCAUCGGCAUAGCGCUCGGGGUGGGCAUCUCGCUGGGCCGAUCCACCUUCCUCGUCGCGAUGCAGCGCACCACGAGCCUGCUACUCGGCCGAAGCGGCUCUGCACGCUUUGGCAUCGCCUCCUGA